AAUGCAGGGCGCUAGAAGUACUGCACCCUGCUCUCUUGCUCGGGUGUGGUGUGGUUUUGGCUCACCUCUCCGUUGCUACCCCAAAGCGGCUGUGUGUUGUGUAUUUUGAUUUACGUUCUUGUUUUUGGUACUUUCUGUUGGGCCAUCGACUGCUUCUUUCCAUUAGAGGGCAAUGCUUGUCCUACCCCUCGGCCCCAACAACUUUUCUUCAGGAUCUAUGGCCAAGUGACCUUCAGUUUUCAUUCAUUCCACAAGACCCUCCAGCUGUGGGCCUGGUCUUACGCGGGGUCCUGGGAAAUGGGCACCUGGCAGGGGAGGCAGGUGACCCAACAGGCAGAUGCUGUCACAGAACCCUCAGACGCUGUCACAAGGUGACCACGGAAGCCGUGGAAGUGUGGAACAGGCCCUAAGGCAGUCAGGGGAGGCUUCUUGGAGGAAGUGGUGUCUGCGCUGAAGCCUGAAGGACCCAGGAGGAGCCAGUGAGGCUUGAAGAGCCGGAGGGAAGCAGAGGGAGCAGCUGAGCCAGGCAGAGGCGUGAGGGCGCAAAGGAGCAGUCAGGUGUGGCAGGAGUGUUGAGCACCAUGCGGGUGGCAGGCAGAGAUGAGGGCGCCAUGUUUUGGAAGUUUGACCUGCACACAAGCUCACACCUGGACACACUGCUGGAGCGGGAGGACCUGAGCCUGCCCGAGCUGCUGGAUGAGGAGGACGUCCUGCAGGAGUGCAAGGUGGUCAAUCGCAAGCUGCUGGACUUCCUGCUGCAGCCACCGCACCUGCAGGCCAUGGUGGCCUGGGUCACCCAGGAGCCACCGGCCAGUGGAGAGGAGCGGCUGCGCUACAAGUACCCCAGUGUGGCCUGUGAGAUCCUGACCUCGGACGUGCCCCAAAUCAAUGACGCCCUGGGCGCAGACGAGUCCCUGCUGAACCGGCUGUACGGCUUCCUGCAGAGCGGCGGCUGCCUCAACCCACUGCUGGCCAGCUUCUUCAGCAAGGUCAUGGGCGUCCUCAUCAACCGAAAGCCGGACCAGCUCGUGUCCUUCCUGCGGAAGAAGGACGACUUUGUGGGCCUGCUGCUGCAGCACCUCGGCACCUCAGCCAUCAUGGACCUGCUGUUGCGCCUCCUCACCUGUGUGGAGCGGCCCCAGCUGAGGCAGGAAGUGGUCAAUUGGCUCAAUGAGGAGAAGAUUGUCCAGCGGCUGAUCGAGCAGAUCCACCCAUCGAAAGAUGACAAUCAACAUUCCAACGCAUCCCAGUCCCUGUGCGACAUCAUCCGCCUGAGCCGGGAGCAGGUGAUCCAAGUCCAGGACAGCCCGGAGCCCGACCCGCUGCUGACCACCCUGGAGAAGCAGGAGACGAUUGAGCAGCUCCUGAGCAACAUGCUGGAGGGAGAGCUGAACCCGUCCGUGCUCGUCAGCGGGAUCCAGGUGCUGCUGACCCUGCUGGAGCCCAGGAGGCCACGGUCCGAGUCUGUGGUCGUGAACAACUUCUUCAGCAGUGUGGACGGACAGCUGGAGCUCCUGGCCCCGGCGCCCCUGGACGCCUCUGUGUCCAGCUUGGGCACUCUGCACGCCCUGCGCCCGCGGCUCGGUCGCUUCCACCAGCUCCUGUUUGAGCCGCUGCAGCUGGAGCCACUGUGCACGACCUGGGGCACCCUGGCCCCUCCACUGGGCAACACACGGCUGCACGUGGUCAAGCUGCUGGCCAGCGCCCUGAGCGCCAAUGACGCCGCCCUGACCCAGGAGCUCCUGGCACUGGACGUGCCCAACACCAUGCUGGACCUCUUCUUCCACUACGUGUUCAACAACUUCCUGCACACCCAAGUGGAGGUGUGCGUGAGCGCCAUGCUGAGCGCCGGGCCCCCGCCCCACAACGGCUUGGGGACGCCCGGCCCGAACCCCGUCGUGAAGCACCUGCUGCAGCAGUGCCGCCUGGUGGCGCGCAUCCUGGCGUCCUGGGAGGAGAACGACCGCGUGCAGUCCACAGGGGGGCCACGGAAGGGCUACAUGGGCCACCUGACGAGAGUGGCCAACGCGCUGGUGCAGAACGCGGAGAAGGGGCCCAAUGCCCAGCAGCUGGGGCAGCUGCUGAAGGAGCUGCCAGGCGAGCAGCAGGAGCAGUGGGAGGCCUUCGUGUCGGGACCUCUGGCCGAGACCAACAAGAAGAACAUGGUGGACCUGGUGAACACCCAGCACCUGCACUCCUCCAGUGACGACGAGGACGACCGGCUCAAGGAGUUCAGCUUCCCUGAGGAGGCUGUGCUGCAGCAGGCCUUCGUGGAUUUCCAGACGCAGCGCAUGACCUCCGCCUUCAUAGACCACUUCGGCUUCAACGACGAGGAGUUUGGGGAGCAGGAGGAAAGCGUGAACGCACCUUUUGACAAGACAGCCAACAUCACCUUUUCCCUCAAUGCCGACGACGAGAACCCCAACGCCAACCUGCUCGAGAUGUGCUACAAGGACCGGAUCCAGCAGUUCGAUGACGAGGAGGACGAGGAGGAGGAGGAGGAGGGCCGGGGCUCCGUGGAGUCUGACGGGGAGGAUGGCGCCUGGCAGGGCAGCCAGCUGGCCAGGGCGGGGCGCCUGGGCCAGCCCCCGGGUAUGCGGAGUGGAGGCAGCACAGAUAGCGAGGAGGAGGAGGAAGACGAGGAGGACGACGACGAGGACGUCGACGAGGAGGAGGUGGCCCCAGGUGGGGCCAGGCCUUCCUCUUACCCCAGCCCUGGCCCCCAGCCUCCCAGCCCCAGCUGGACAGCCACCUUUGACCCAGUGCCUACAGAUGCCCUGACCAGCCCCCAGGAAUCUGGGGCGAAGGAGCCAUGCUUCAGGCCCCCUGCCCCAAAGGGGCCCCUCAGUGUGCCCCAGGACCUCCCCGCCCCGAGCCCAGCUGGCCCUGUGGCCCCCGGCACCCUGCAGCUCAGGUCCCAGGACCCUGCACCCUCAGCACCUCAGGAAGCCUCAGACAGCGGCAGGGCAGCGGAGCCCUCAGCCCCCUGUCAGGCCUUGGUCAGCGUCAGGGACCUCCAGGCCACCCUCCGAGGGACGAGCUCCGCCCCCAGCUCCUUGGACAGUGCAACCAGAGACCCUGCUACCUCUGUCCCAGCCCCUGGUGCCCACCAGCCCCCUAAGACCACGGAGAGGGAGAAGAGCCCAGAGCCCUCAGGGUUCCCCCAAAGCCAGAGUGCCCAAGCCCUCCAGCUGUCUCCAGUGCCCAACGGCUCUGCCCAGGGAGGGCCAGUGUCCCCAGGCGCCCAGUGA